UGCUCAUCUCGUGCCGUAUAUUUAUUGUAGUCAUAAUGAGAUGGCAAGCUUCGAUGAAAAGUGGGAGUCUGUCUUAUAUUCUACCAUGCAAUCGUCUGCCUGUGCAGUUGAUGAGUCAAGUGAGAGUUUAUACCUCCAAUGGUCAGAAAAAAGAUCUUGGAUCAGAAGAUACAAAUAGAUCAACCCCUGAAGAAACCCUGCAUAAAGUUGGAACAGGACAAGAUACGACCAAUGCAGGUCAAAAGCAGUCUUUCCUUAAAGAGCCAAUCCAAGUGAAAGUGAAAGCAGUCCUUAAAAAAAGAGAGUAUGGACCAAAAUACACACAGAAUAACUUCAUCACUGGAGUUAGAGCAAUAAAUGAGUUUUGUCUUAAAUCCAGUGAUUUAGACCAGCUGAGAAAAAUUAAACGACGAAGUCCCCAUGAUGACACUGAGACUUUCACUGUGUACCUGAGAUCGGAUGUAGAGGCAAAGUCUCUUGAAGUUUGGGGUAGUCCAGAGGCUCUUGCUAGAGAAAGAAAACGACGUAAAGAGGCAGAGAUCAAGUACAGAGAAAAUCUAUUUAGAAACCAAAGGCUUUUGAGGGAGUACAAGGAGUUCUUUGGAAAUACUAAGCCACGCUCCAGUGCAGCAGCUAUGUUUUUCAAGGGACCAGGGAAGGUGGUAAUGGUAGCUAUUUGCAUAAAUGGGUUGAAUUUUAUCUUUAAGCUACUUGCUUGGGUUUACACGGGUUCUGCAAGUAUGUUUUCAGAAGCCAUACAUUCUUUAGCAGACACAUGUAACCAGGCAUUGCUAGCUUUGGGCAUCAGUCAGUCUGCAAGGACGCCUGACCCUAGUCAUCCGUAUGGUUUCACAAACAUGCGCUAUAUUGCCUCCCUGAUUAGUGGGGUGGGCAUUUUCAUGAUGGGUGCAGGACUUUCUUGGUAUCAUGGGAUCAUAGGUUUACUCCACCCUCAUCCUAUAGAAUCUCUUCUCUGGGCAUACUGCAUUUUAGCAGGGUCACUGGUAUCUGAAGGAGCUACCCUUCUUGUUGCUAUAAAUGAAAUUCGCAGGAGUGCUCGAGCCAAGGGUCUGUCAUUUUAUCAAUAUGUUGUGCAGAGUCGUGAUCCUAGUACAAAUGUGGUGUUACUGGAGGAUGCCGCAGCAGUUCUGAGUGUUGCUGUAGCUGCUACCUGUAUGGGUCUGACUUCUUUAACAGGAAAUCCUUAUUAUGACAGCGUGGGGUCUCUAGGUGUUGGAACUUUGUUAGGAACUGUGUCAGCAUUUCUAAUCUACACUAACACUGAAGCCCUGCUGGGACGAUCCAUUCAACCUGAACAAUUGCAGCGACUCACUGAGUUACUGGAAAGUGAUCCUGUAGUAAGAGCAAUUCAUGAUGUUAAAGCCACAGACAUGGGAAUGAGCAAAGUGAGAUUCAAGGCAGAAGUAGACUUUGAUGGACGGGUUGUUACUCGUUCUUACCUGGAAAAACAAGACAUUGAACAGCUGCUACAAGAAAUUCAACAAGUGAAAACCCUUGAAGAAUUAGAAGCCUUCAUGCUUAAGCAUGGUGAGAAUAUCAUUGACACACUGGGAGCUGAAGUAGACAGACUUGAGAAGGACCUAAAGCAACGAAAUCCUGAUGUUCGUCAUGUGGAUUUGGAGAUACUAUAGACUUGGCAGAAGAAAUCAUCAGGUUGCUACCGUUUUGGAAAGAAGUCAUGUGAAGGGCUUGAAAAACUUCUGAAAUUGCAGUGACCUCAGCACCAUACCUCGCUUACUUUUGCUGUAGGCUUCCUGGACUGUUAGCACUGCUUCUGUUUCUGGAAGAGCGCUAGACUCGCAGACAAAAAUUUCCAUGGCAAAAUCAAUUUAAAAAGAGCUACUUGACUUAGAUUCCACAGGAGAGUCUGUUAAAGUAUAUUUACUGCAAUUCAGAACUUAAGACUUGAGGUUUAGUUAGGCAAAUAUAGCUGCCUGAAAAUAUACAACACACUUAGUUUUUCCCUUUGUGUCCCUUUGCAGUCAGUUUGCACUUCUUUAGUUUCUUUCAAGAUACGUUAAAGGUUCUUGGGAGAUAUUAAGAUUAGCUAGGAAGAGUUUGUUCCAGUGGAACCUGCCAACCUUAAACUAAUAUUUCAACUGUGUGAUUCUUUCACAGUUUUUCUUUUCUAUGAGAUAAAUUCUUUCAAACAGGCACUGACCUCCUCUCAAGUACCAUGACCUGGAAACCUGCUUUUUGCCACCAUUGUGAUCACCAACCGCGCUUCAGAAAAAUAAGGUUUUUCUCCUUAGUGGAGUCAGCUGUAUGUGGUUAGCCAGAGUAUGUUAAGUUACUGUGAAGAAAUUACUGUGUAGAGAUUUUGGUGAACUUCCUCUGUUUAAAUUUUGUUCUUUUUUUUAUCCCUACUUUGACACUUGUUCUCUUAUUUGUAAGUAUCUUCAGAUGUAAUCUGGGAGAUAUUUAUGGUAGUGCUUAUUAAAAGUUACCUGGCAUUUUUGGCUUUUUAUAAUUUUAUUAGGCUGUAUUGCCAGAUAUGGUCUUUGCUAGAAAGUGUAAGAGAUGUAGUUGGAAGUUAGAAUAGUAAAAAAUGUAUUAGAACUAUUUAUAAUUAAA